AUGGGUGGAACUCGAUCUGCGUCGACGAGAUUUUUGGCGGCUGCUGCUGGGAGUGUUGUCAGACCGGUGCUGUACGAGGAAGUGUGCUUGAUUUCAAUGAUUACCUCGAGCGAGAACUCAAUCAGUUGUACCGAGUUGACCAGUCGAAAUAAUGAGAUUGUUCUUGUAGGAAGUGGAAUGUUCAAUGAAAGGCGGCGGGUGCAGGGUGAGUUCAAGCCAAAGGGACAAAAAGGAUGCCUGUAUUCGAAUUCUGAUCUGCUGCUCAGUGUUCAGCACCAGGAAACACUUGUCACACUCUGCAUUGUGAGCAACGCUUGA